AUGCUCCUCCGAAAGUCCGUCGAGCGUCACAUUCGUGAUAUCGACCCUCAGGCCAGCCCAAACAUUCAGUACCGUAUUCGGGUGUACGCCAACGUUCCGGGUCUGAUGAAGACGUACCGGGAAGCGCACAUCUUGCGCUCCAAUGAAGCGCUAGAUCCAUUCAUUCGGGGAUUCAAUAUGGAGAACAGCCUGUGCGAUUUUAUCGAUGCAGGAAACGGCAAGGAGUGUUCAGACGUCAAAAUACGGGCAACAUUCGAACAAGACAUUCUAGACGUCCACUGCCGUCGUAUCAUCUUCUGUGGCUCGACCGACAAUGGCUACGCACGCAUCCUCGGCUCCCACCAAGGAUCCAACCGCAUCUCGCUCGUCCAGGGAGCACCAUUUGCAUGGGAAAUGGAGCAGCUAGCAAGCGAGUUCCAAACCACCUCCUUCCCCGAGGUCUUCCGAUCCACGAAGCUACCCUCCCGAGCAUCAUCCUUCAGCGCAUUCAAAACCGCAUCCGCCAACUCGUCACCCAGCAGCUCUCCAACCAGCCUCAGCACACCCUCGACGCCAAAACGCAACUACGCCACAAUUGCCAAGUCGAACCUCCAAGCGACAUCCCCCACCAGAACAAACAGAUCCAAACGAUCGAAAAUCUCACUUAACAGCCAGAGCCAACGGGUUGACCCGCCACCCCGGGCCAGCAGCAGAGAGAACUUCGAAAGAUUACGAAGGUCGAAGUACUGCAGUAGAUAUCAUAUUCUAGGAGAGUGUCCCCUUGGCGAUGAGUGCGGGCACAGACAUGGACGCCGACUCGGAUCCAGGGAUGUUCAUGAUCUCUGGUGCGUUACGCGAACGUGCGUCUGCCCGAAUGAUAUCUGGUGCACGGAUCCCAAGUGUAUUUGUGGACAUCAGUGUCCGUGGGAGAACCAGCAGGGACAUUGCAGGGCAGACUGCAAGUUUCCCGAGUCUAUGCAUGGGGUUGAUAAGUCGGUUGCGGUGGUUUUGUAG